AUGAUAUAUGGCAACACUACCGAAAAGCGCAGCGCAACGGAAAAUCAAUACUUUUGUACUGAUGUAUUCGCCUUUUUUAAAAUGAGAACGUGACAAAACUUUAAUUUAAUUCAUCGAAGGAAACCAUUUAAUUUAGAAAAAAAAAAUCUGUCGCGCGUCUUGAUGUUCAUUUUUUAUUUAUUUACUUAGUGAUGAAGAACCUCUUGGUUACGGCGUGGUAGUACCUUCUGCUCGCUUGAUUAUCCGCAUUUUCUUCAAAUUUUAGCUCUUUACGAAUUUUGUUGAGUAAGGUCAAGGAAUAUACAUUAUACACGAAUAUAAUUAUAAGCUAAAAUGGAAGAACUGAAUGGGGACCUGUAUGGGGAUGGUCUGGUUAUUUUACCUGAAGAAGGGUCUCUGGAGCCCACAGAUAAUGGGAAUAAAGAGCAAAGUUGUAACAUUUGCGACAAUAAGUUAUGCAGUCCUCGAGUAUUAUCUUGUCUUCAUGUUUUCUGCGAAGCAUGCAUAGACAAAUUGAUGGUGAAUGAAGCAGGAGACACACUAAAGUAUGAUUUGGCCGUUGAAUGCCCAUUAUGCAAACAGGAAACGAAGAUAUCUGGUGGUGGAGCUGCUUCUCUUCCAUCAGACUAUGUCCUUACCAACAUUCUGGAUGUAUCGGCCAUGGACCAAUCUGUGGUUUGCACUUGCUGCAAGAGCAAGGAACAAGCUGUCGCCAGGUGUACUGACUGUUCCCACUUCUUGUGUUCCAACUGCAAUUCCGCUCACGAGUUCAUGAGGUGCUUUGAAAACCACCGAGUGGUACCGUUUGAUGCCUUGCGGUCGUCGAAAGAGAAAGCCGCCGUGCACAAGCCAAUCUUCUGUUCGCGCCAUAUCGGAGAGAGCCUUAAGUUUUAUUGCUGUGAGUGCGAAGUCGGAGCUUGCACGGAAUGCCUAACUAUUGAACACAAGGUGGGAGAACAUCGCUGCGAGCGGAUCGUGGAUGCCGAACCCAACCUGAGAGCCGAGCUCAGAACUCUCAUCACCGAAGCCACCGCGCGAGCGGCCGCUGCCGGCAGCGCCUCCGCCCGCCUGGAUGACGCGCUCGGAGACCUGCAGCGUCAGCGCGAUGACGCCGAAAAUGUUAUAAAUGAGGCUUUCCACGCGUAUAAAGCGGCUCUCGAGAGACGUCGCGAAAAGGCGCUCGAAGAACUGGAACGGCUCCAUAAGGAGCGAGAACUCAAGGUUAUGGACCUGUUUGACAGGGUAGACAAGACUGUGCAGCGCAUUGACACCGCAUGCAAAUUCGCAGCGAGGCUUCUCAAUUCUGGCGACGGCACCGAAAUCGUAAUGCUAAAAAAGACCGUGGCGUCGCAAUUCUCUCGCUUACUGGAAGGCGCUCCCGAAUUCGAUGUCGAUUACUCCCUGGAAUUCGUUUCCAAGAUCGAUAAGUUCGACGCCGUCACCGAGGACACCUUCGGGGUCUUUCGCACUGAAGCGACUCGAGCAGAGGAGAGAAAGCGCGCCAGCGAAUCUUCGGCGAUCGUCUCCGUGACGUCUAAUUCUCACUCUCCCGCCGUAUCCGUGACCAAUACGCCCGUGUUCGACGACUAUCCCAUGGGCAACGUGCGCCGCGUCACCGGAGUCGGAAGCAUCGUGGGGGUUCCGGGGGUCAGCGGAGUGCCCACCAUGGGGGUUCCGGGCGUGGGGCCGGUGGCCAACAACAGCGUGAUCCCCGGGGUGGGCGUGAACAGCGUGCCAGGGGUGCCGGCGCUGCCGUGCGCGUCCAUGGUGGAGUACAACCUGCAGCAGCUGGCCAGCAUCGCCGAGAAGGACGCGCCGCCGCCGCCGCACGCGUCGCCCGCGCCCGCCUUCACCCUGGCCGAGCUGCUCGCCCAGGACCUGAACUCGCCUCAGGCGUACAACAACCUGCAGGCGCUCGCCAAACUGGGCUUGAACGCGGAAGUGAACGGGUUUGGUGGAGUGGGUGGCGUGGGCGGCAUGGGCGGGCGCGGCGUGUCGCCGGGGCGGCCGCUGCUGACGGCGGCCGAGGAGGCCGCGCUGGUGGCGCCGCCCGCUCCCCUAGUCCGCGCCACCAAAGCCACACCCAUGCACAUCCGGUUCAAGUUCGGACAGCUGGGCGGCGGGAAGGGGCAGUUCAACUCCCCCCACGGGUUCUGUCUCGGAAACGACGAGGACAUCAUCGUCGCCGACACUAAUAAUCACCGUAUUACGGUGUUCGACAAAUCCGGCAACCACAAGUUCAACUUCGGCGUGGCCGGCAAGGAGGAGGGGCAGCUGUGGUAUCCGCGCAAGGUGGCCGUGGUGCGCGCCACGGGCAAGUUCGUGGUGUGCGACCGCGGCAACGAGCGCUCGCGCAUGCAGAUCUUCACCAAGAACGGACAUUUCCUCAAGAAGAUCGCUGUGCGCUUCAUCGAUAUCGUCGCCGGAUUGGCCGUGACCGCUGAAGGGCUCAUAGUAGCCGUCGACAGCGUCACACCCACCGUCUUCAUCUUGUCGGAGGAAGGCGACCUCAUGAGCUGGUUUGACUGCAGCGAGUGCAUGAGGGAGCCGUCAGACAUCGCCAUAAGCGGCAAAGAAUUCUACGUGUGCGACUUCAAAGGGCACUGCGUGGUCGUGUUCGACGACGAGGGCCACUUCCUGCGGCGCAUCGGCUGCGAGAACGUGACCAACUUCCCCAACGGGAUCGACGUGUCCGACGCCGGCGACGUGCUCAUCGGCGACUCGCACGGCAACAAGUUCCACGUCGCCGUGUUCUCGCGCGACGGAGUGCUCGUCACCGAGUUCGAGUGUCCCUACGUCAAGGUUUCGCGUUGCUGCGGUUUGAAGAUAACCUCCGAAGGCUACAUAGUCACUCUGGCUAAGAAUAAUCACCAUGUUCUAGUCCUCAACACCCUAUACAUUGUCUGAGGAGUAACUCGAUGGCUGUAAGUCUGCAUACUACGAGAUCUCACAUUUAUUCCCUUUAUUUUAUAUUUAAUUGCUGUUUUACAAGCUUAACAUUUUUUGCUAAACCAGUAUUUGAUUUUUGUUAUUUUGUGUUAAAUUUCAUGUUAUAUUUAGUCGGAUUAUACCACCCUGCCUGCAUGCAGUGAGCUACCUACCUUACCCGAGUUGCCUCCGUUCUUGAAAUAUUGCAAUUACGAGGAGAUCAGUAUAGUAUAGUAGGUAGGUAUCUUUGACUGCUUGUAGACAGGACAUUCGAGUCAUUAUUUCCAAAGCACUGAGUACUUGCGUAUAUUUGUCGGUUUGUUUUCGUCUCAUUAUAUUAUGAUUGCAUUUAGUUAUAGUGAAGGAAUAUCCAAAGUUUAGCGUAUUUGUUUUUAUUAUACAUAUUAUUUGUUUCCUAAAUUUAGCAGCUGGUAUGGUUCCUAGUUCGAGUGAAGUUAAUACAUGUCAAUUAGGGGACUGCGUGGGAGUGUCGCCUCAUUCCAAAAGUUGCAUCUGACAUGUUACCGAGCCCAUUAGCGGCAUCCAUGCGUACAGUACACGUAGAUCAGUCAUUCGCUUGAUAGUGAACAUACGAACGCACAAUUGAGAGUUUGUUAACGAAAUUUUAGUCCUGCAAUGACCAAAGGAGGCGACACUAAAAUAACGUGCCAUCUAGUUUAGGUUAAUCUCGUAUACAAUAUUAUAUAUUGUCCGUUAAAAUAUAUUUACCAUUUACAGAAUUCUUGUGUCUAUACAAAAUGUUUUUUCAUGUACUCUUGUUUUGAGAGCCUAUUACAUAUUUGAAAAUUUUUUCAUGCGUAGGCAUACACUAUGUUGUAAAAAUUUGGUUCAUUCAAUCUUGCGAUGAACCAGCACAAGCUGAAAUAUUAUUGAAAAGCCUCAGUAAGUAACGUUGCAAUAAUUUAGUAGGUACAAUAUUAUGGAAGUUUAGAACGGAACACAGACAUUUACUCUGCAUAUUUACGUAUCUUAUCAAGUCGAAACUUGCACGUCUAUAUCUAUAUAUACAUUAUAUUCGGCGUUAUAUUGGAAAGAGCUUCAUAUUAAUUGUCCAUAAAGAUAUGGAGUGCACCAGUUAUACAUAGCCUAUGAUAUAAGGAGUAACAUAGGGUUACAUAUUGAAUAUUCGAUUCGUUAGUUGUUAUUGCAGAAGUAAUAGGUCACAAUACCUGUCACAAUGUGCAGGAUUUUGAAAACUUAUUCACGAAUUAAUAAAUUCUGCAAAAUUUAUUCCAAUAUCUUAGUAUUUAAAGGAGAGUAAGUGUUCUGUCAAUGUGUUGCUCGUCAUCAAUUUCCAAAAUUUUCAAUUUAUAUACAAUACAUUACCAUUAAACAUUGGUCGUAACACUACAUGACAUGCGCCAAAUUAUAUAUUUUUGUAGAUAUUCGAUUUAAAUGUUCAAAAUUUUGCUGCUUCAUUUGAAUGCUGCAUUUUCACCUAAAUGUAUCAAAUAUAGUAACGAGUUUGAAUUUUUAAUAUUCUCAUAGGGUAGCAUUUUUUAGAUAUUUGCAGGGACGUUUAGGUGAAAUGCCUCAUUGAAAUAUGCAGCCAGUUUGCCCGUGACAGUACAAUACACAAGAGUAGAACCAAUCAUACUUACUAAGUGAGAUUAAAUAAAAGCUUGAGAAAAUAACAGAUUUUCACAGAAUUGAUUGUACUCGUAACUAUAACUUUACAUUGAUGUUACUAGUAUUGUAGCUCACUGGAGUGAACAUUGCUAGGGUUGUAUACCUCGGAGUACUGACUCUAGUUAUGCUACCCCUUUGCUCAAAAUGCGCGUUAUUAUAAAAUACACAAUAAUACGUAAUAGUCAAUAUUAUAGACAAGCCUGUCGUAAAACUUGCAUAAAAAUUAAUUCAUUUUAACCUCUAAAAAGUAUUAUAAAAAUAAUAAAUAAUUAUAAUAAUAAAUAUAAGAGCAAUUUCCCUAUUGUAGUUUAUAUAAAGUCAGUCAUUGCAUAUACAUUGUAUUGGUAUUAAUUUUUACGUUUAUACAUACUAUGGUACUUAACAUUAAAAGCUAACAUAUUCAAAUUCUACCAUACCACCUAUAAUGUGUGAUAUUUUGUUAUUAGUACACGAUUUUCUUUAAACCUCGCUCUCUACGUAUAAGAAGUUUACAAUUAUUAAAAGCAAACUUUUUUCAUAAUUAAUCGGCUUUAGAAACACGUUAUAAAUCUUUCGAACAAACGGUGAAAAUCUGUUAUAAUAAAUAGAAGUAUUUAACCUUACAAGACCCUACCAAAUUUAACACGUUUUUGCCAACUAUCAAUAUUGAUAUGUUUCAGAGCUAUAAUAUGGUAAGAUCCAAUAAUUUAUUGUAAUAAUAACAAUAGGAAAGUAAAACAUUGUAUGAAACGUUUGUACUUAAUUAGUAAUAGUUUAUUUUGUUGUGUGUAUUGAGACAGUUCUUGAAUAUGAAUACACUAGCGACAUAUUAUGUGAUAUGAGCAAUAAUUGAGAGACAACAGUAAGACUAGCUCGCGCCGGGCCGGGAGGAGCGGCCGGGGCCGAGUCUGAAUCCUCUAUUGAUUAGUGAGUAACUUUUGGGUUUAUUUUUCAUAUUGUUUUUAAGUUAUUUGUUUCAGGAUUUUUGUCCCGAUAGCAUUAGGGAAUUUUAUUUUCUUUAUUUUAACUAGGUUUAAAAUAAUGAGUCUACAUACCCCUCGCGGACGAGUAGGUGUGGUUAAUACUCUGAUUUUGUCAUUUUACUAUUUUGUUUAGUUAUACGUUCUGGGCCUAUUAUUUAAAUAGUAUUUUUGGCCAGUGUGUUUAGGCUUUUAGAGUUACGAAUUUUUACUGCCAAAUUAUUUUCAUACGAUAUUUGUGGCAUGAACAUAGUAAUUAUUUUAAUGUAUGAUAUUUGUAAAAAUAAGUUACUAAUUGUUGCCAAUUUUUUGUUUAUUAAUAAUAUUCAGGGUUUUAAUAUUAUAAUGUUCAAUUUUUAUUUGUUGUCAUUGAUCAAAAUUAUUGCGUGUUAGAGAGGUAGAAGUAACCGGAAUAGAAGUUAUAAAGCCCCAAAGGGAGCGUAUGACGCUAAUGUUGCAUAAAAAUUAUUAAAAAGUGGUGUGAUAAGUUUUGGAUAAUUUUACAAAUUAUACUAUUUUGUGUGAAUUCCAAUAUUAAUAAAUUUAACGGUGAAAUAUCAUUGUAACCUGUAAUUUCCCAAACAUCUGAAAUACGAACCUUGUAGGUAUUUGAAAGUAUUAUAGUUUGUAUGUCAAACCAUCAUUUACAUCGAUUGUGAUCGUUUCGUCGACAGAGUUUCCUUUGUUCUUGCCAUAUACUUACGUAGAUGUCAUUGUAGAUAUUUUAGUAGUUGUUAGAAUUCCAAUUGGAUGGAUAUACACGACAGUAUCACAAGUUUGCCUGUACUGUGUACUUACGGUGUACGGUGGCGUUGUUUAGAGAUGUUUAUUAGAGAGCGGCGCGCGGCGUAUUGGCCGCGCGCCGCUUGGCUGUAUAUUCUUGCUGUAGCAAGUACCUAAGCACUUUGUCAUGGAUAAUGGCAAGUCAAAUGGUAUUUUUUGUCCAUUGACAUUACUCGAUAAUAAUUGUAUCAUUAGAGUACAUUACAGUAGCCUUUCUCGAGAUCUUAAAAGUUACCUAUAUACACUUUAAAACAAUUUUUGGUAAAUAUAUAUUUCUCUUGAAUCUAUUCCCUUAUGUAUUCAGCAAUAAAUUACUUCUGUAGUUGUAGAAUCACCGUAUGUGGCACUGGUCGACUGCGGACCUCGUCAGCAUUGAGCGGAUCAAUGUUACGCCAGGACCUGCACACCGUGACACAUUUUGGAAUUUGUGAGCUAACUCAUGUUUCGUACCUAUUUUGUGUUAUUUGGUGCCUAAUAGAUGCAGUGCAUAAUUGUUCGUAUUUAUCAUGCUACUUCAGUCAACCUCAUUACGUUUUGUACCGAGACUGACUGAAAUAGCAAGACACUUUCGAAUACAAGAAUAAUAAUUAUGCACUACAUGUACCACUAACCUCUAUAAAAGAGGAAUGUUACGCGGGAAGUGGUCACCGUUCCAGUCAGCUUUAGACCGGAGCUUCAUUUAUGUAAAAUCUGUACCUGAUUUAUUUAGUCAUUGUAGCAGGUAGAGUUGCAGGUUAAUUCACGAAAUCUGGCGCGAAUAGAAUGAAUGAAACGAAUUAUAUCUGUCAUGUAUCGGUAUACAACCAGAGUCACCAUUUUAUUGGUUUAUUUCUUACACACAAUACAUAUAUUUCCAUUCACUCAUUCAUUCUAUUCUGGCUAGCUUUCCUGAAUCGACGUGUAGGGUCAAGACUCAAGUUCACAAACAUAUUUACAAUCCAACGUUCCAAAAUUAUAUUAGGUAAGUACCUUAUUGUCAGCGUCUUAGAGGCGUGUAAAUAUAUUUUUGGAGCGUUGGCUUGGGAGGAUGUUUGUGAACUCGACUGUAGAGCACCAACUUCCAAAAUGUCUGAUGGCGGAGCUAGCGUGUUGUUCACGUAGCGGGUCGGUUCGGGUGGAGUUGUCAGUGCCUCGUGCGGUGAGUGGUAGGGUUCGCAGCGCACAAGCUGAGCUCUCAUGUUACCCUCCCUAUUGGAGGUGGGCGUAUUGCCUAUGUUGUGGCACCAAGCACAGCUCAAUGGUUCCGUGGAGUGUUGUGGCAUAACGAGUCUAUUAACGAGGUGGGAUUAAAGUUUGAUACGGCAUCCUCAUCUAAUUCCAUUACCUCGCAGUGACAGUAAAGACAGCAUGCUCAAAGAUUGAAAACGAUUUAAUUUUAUUCACCCUUACCAAUUUAAUCUCCACUGUUCUGAAAUUACAUAACUCGUAAUAAAUAAGGUUGUGAGCUCUAUUCCCAUUGGAAUUAUAAGCCACAUGUGUGCUUGUGCAAUAAUAUCACAGUUUGGAUCUAGGCUUUUAAAUUAUUAUAGAUUAUAUACAUUGUUGAGCUGAUUAUAAAAAUUUAAUAUAUUAUUAUACCUUUUAAUAUUGUUAAAGAAUUCUAAUUGCAUUCCACAUCUUAGAGUGAACGAAUUUGAGAUGACCGUUUUCAAUCUACAUUAUACAAGUAAUUUUUUUUUACAUGUAGGAUUAUUAGCAGUUGCCAAUGUUUUUUUCCUUUAGUCAGUAAAAGUACAAAUAUUUUAAUAUACAAUUCUUGGUAUUUACGUAUUGUAGUGAUCUUAUCUUUAAUUGACUCUAACUUUAAGCAUAAUUUUUUGUUCACAUGAUGGCCAUUUAGGUAUUUCUCAUCUCAUAAAUUGUUCAGUACUUGACAAAACAUAUCAUCCAAAACAAAAUGAUUAUUUUAGUUUACAUAGAAUCUGCCUGCAUAUUCCGAUCUUAGAUACGUUUGUUAACACACUUGUUUAUUACGGUAAAUGGCUAUUUCUUUUGUUUUGAAAUUAGUCUUAAGUAUAUUGUAAGUUACGCAUAUGUUUUUGUCGUUUCUGUGUCGAAAAAUGUAAAAUUUAUUAUUAUAAUUUGUGUGAAAGGUGCAUGUAAAAAUGCAAAAUAAUUUUGCUCCAAAGAUUCAUUUUAUUCGUUAUGUUUGAUUUUAAAUUCUUACAAUAAAACUAUGACAUUUGUGGAGUGUGCAUCUGUAGGUGUUCGAUAUAGAAAGUAUGGAUUUUUCGUAGAGUUGGUGCAGCCGAGCAAAUCUCUACUAUAUUCUCUUAAGAAUAUAUUGCUCAAUAAUUAUUUUAAUUCUGUUGAAAGUGUUUUAAACUUAGGAGUAGUCCACAUCGAAUAUUUUGGAUGGCUGGACUUGACACGAAAUUAUAUCUAACAGACAAUACCCUCCGUGAAGAUUUGAAGCAUUGUAACGUUGAAGUUUAUUAGAUAUAGUUGUUUGCCUUUGCGGCGGCUUGCCGCGGGAGCGAGCUGCAGGGGGCUCCAGUAGCACCAGCACAGUAGCGUACCACUGCCUCUGACAUGCCUAAUACCUACAACAUGCAAUCACUCAUGUUCAUGUGGUUUCACUAUAAUCUGACAUUCUUUAUUUGAUUAAGAUCAGUGCGAGCUUAGACUGCGGGGAAUUAUGUACACAAGCGUAUUUUUCAUUAAAGUUAACAUUAAACGCCACCGCCAAAGGAAACGCAAUUUGAUUUUGACUGUUACAACUUAAUAACCGCCGCCUCAUCGAUCAGGUCAGCAACCGCAAGUUGUUAACACGUUCCCUGUCCGGGUGCCCCCAAUAUAGGGCCAUGAAGCUUUUUUCAGGAGCCCGUGCUUCCACUAUGGGUUCACAACUUCAAAGUGAAAGCACACUUGGACGUGUGACUUGUCAUAUCAUUUUGUAUGGGGAUAGUGAACGUGUUAAAUGCAACGCAUACGCUCUUGUACAGGAAUACCCCGCAUAUGGAUUUCACAACAGUGAUAUAAAUACUUAUUUUAGAGCAUACCUAGGCGUUCACAGAGCAGGUUAUUUUGUGUCAAUUUUAUACGAAUAAGAUUGCUUUCGUAGAUUGUCAAAUAACUAAUUCGUAGCAAUAAUAUUAUAUUUUGACUGCAAAAAUUGGCAUAAGUCGUGUUUGCUUGGGUGUGGGGUUUGUAUAACGGCAUAUUUCUAGUUGGUGUCGGAAAUCCGUAAAACAGUGGCAGUAGCUUAUCCUCAGUAUACGUUGUGUGAUGGUGUUGACUGUACAAAGAUAAAACUUUUUGCCCCACAGUCAACGAAAUAUAUUAUAAUUAUAAUUCAUACAGGAGUCUCUGCUGCAUUGUGCCUAGAUCUUAGAAGUUAAUGGUAUCAAAGUAGAGUUAAUCUCAGAUAUUUUGGCUCUUUUAAUAUUCCAUGAUAUUAUUUUGUUUUGCAUGAAAAUGUAUUUAUAUUAUAUACAUAAAUACACUUAGUAAUAUUGUAUACAUGAAUAUACAUUGCGUGGUUUGUAACCUGAUGUUUAAUUUUAUUGUAUUGAAACUUAUUGUUAAGAUGCCCAACUGGUAAAAUCUGUCCACGGUUGGUCGCGUGAGUCUCAUAUGGGGUCUCAUUCAACGAGACGGCUUGAACUGUCAAUUUGCUCCUGUGGACAGAAGUAGAAUUUAUUUGUUUGAACUAGUUGAACAUCUUACUUUGACCAAAUUAUUAAUACCGCUAACGUUACUAGGAAAUAGACUAUUGUUGUGUAGUUUGCGCUCGUACUUUAGUUUUUAAGACGAGUGCGGUUUUCAAGUGACCUUAGCGGUUUCUUUUUUUUUCAUAAUUUUAAGUUUAUUCUCGUGAAUUGUGGCCAGGAUAACAACAGUAAGAGCAGUGUAUUUCAGAGCCUGCCUAAAAUAUAUUUUUGUCAUGAUUUUAUUUAGGUAUAUACAUGUUAUUAUUCACGUAUUACAGUUUUCUCAACAUUAGCUUGUAUUUUAAUUAAGAAAUAAUCAUAUUUAACAUUGCCAGGUGAUCAGCAACCUGCACUUUAAUAUUUUUGGAAACUAUUGAACUUAAAUUGUACUGACUUUAUAAAUAUAUUUACUUCAAUAAAGAUUUUCCAUGCCACUAAAA